AAAAUCAUCGUUUAUUAAAGUAUUUUACUAAUGGAACAAAUGUUACAUUAUUAGCAAACACUAAAGUGUCCAGUGUAUGUAUUGACAAGUUCGAUAAUAUUUAUGUGACAGAUGUAUUCGGGGAUGAAGUUAAGAAAUUGAGUUCAUAUGACCAAUCAAUAACAACAGUUGCCGGAAGCGAAUUGAAUGAGCUCCGUCUUGAUGGUCAACCAGGACUCUAUGUUGAUAAAAAUUUAACCCUUUAUAUAUCAGAUACUGGUAACGAUCGAGUUAUGAAAUACUUUAUAAAUUCAAGUUCUGGUAUUGUUGUAGCUGGUGGACAUGGAGCAGGAGCUGAAUUAAAUCAAUUAAAUUCUCCUUAUGGUAUCUAUGUUGAUGAAAUCAAUGAAAUUGGUGCUAUCUAUAUUUGUGAUCACGCAAAUCAUCGAAUUCAAAAAUGGAUUGAUGGUGCUCAUGAAGGAAUUACUGUAGCUUCAAACAUAAAUCAGUUACGCACUCCAGUUUCAAUUUUAUUAGAACCAACAGCAGAUGAAAUGAUGAUGUAUAUAUUAGAUUUUAAUCAUUAUCGAAUUUUAAAAUGGAUACCAUAUGCACAAGAACCUGAAGCUAUUGCUGUUGGAAUUACUGGUCAUCUUGGUAAUGAACCGAAUCAACUUUCAUCGCCAAGAGGAAUUAAAUUUGAUAAAAAUUGGAAUUUAUUCGUUGCAGAUACUGGAAAUAAUAGAAUACAAAAAUUUCUAUUUAAUAGUUCUUCAUGUGAAAAUAAUAAUUAA